AUGAAAACAAAAGAAGAAUUAUUGAAUAAUGCAACUUCAAUUUUAUUACGAUCCCAAGCACUAUGUGGAGAUGCAAAUAACACAUUAAAUCAAGUUAAACAUAAACUAAACGAAUGGGAUAAAUCAUACAAUAAACACACUUUUGCAUUAAAUUGUAUAACAAAUCAAUGUAAAUUACUAGAAACCACUAUAUUAAAAAUAGAAGUUGGGUCCAAGUUAAUUGAAACCAAGUGGAAAAAAGAAGUUUUCCAAAAGUUAUUUAGUGAUUUAAUUGAAUGGCAAAAUGAAUUGAAUCUAAAAUUUAAAAAAUUGCAAGAUACACCAUACACUUUGGGAAAGAAAAACUUUGAGACUAGUGAAAAUACAAUUCCAAAGAGUAAUGGCAAAAAAACUCUAGCCGAUUUUGUAAGUGUAGAAAAUUUAGAGGUGCUUCAAAAAAGAUUGGCAGAUAUACCAGUGUUGAAACAGCAAGUUAAUCUUAUUGAGGGAAAAUAUAAAUUUAUUUUGAACAAAGUAAGUAAAAAUCUAAAGAGUGAAAAACUGGAAAACCUCACUACUUUGAUCGAUGUACAAUAUUCCGAAGAGAAUUUGGCUAGUAUACAGAAAUUUAGUGACAAUAUUGAAGCUGUAGAGCUUGAUUUAACAAACUUUUUAAAUUCAAUAACAUCACAUUUUGAUAAAUGCAAUAUGCUGUUAAAAGAUGAUACUUUAUAUUCUGUAGUUGCUGAUGAUGACUUGAAAUUAGAUUCAAUAUUUGGAUCUUUAAACGAGAUUAUAAAUGAUGUUUUCCAAAUUUCUGAUGAUGUAACUAAUUUUUUCAUUGAAAAGGGUAUUAACAAGAGGAAAGGUGAAAUUAAAACAAGUAUGAGUAAUAUAGUAGACGAGUUUAUUAAAUUUGAAAGUCAUUUAAAUAUUUUCAUUGGAUUAUCGGAUAUCGUGGAUCAAUAUAAAAGUGACUGUUCAAUUGAACUUGAUAGUAUUAAAGAGUUAUGCAGCUAUUAUGAAAAAUUCAUUUCAAGUUAUCAUAGUUUGCUCCAAGAGGUAGAAAGAAGAAGAGAAGUUGCCAUUCAAAUGGAAAAAAUAAUGACUGCAUGUAAGGAGAAAUUGCAACUUUUAAAUGAGCAAGAUUCACAGGCGAGACGUUUAUUUUUACAAGAAAAUGGUGACUAUUUGCCUGAAAAUAUUUGGCCAAAUGGAAUUUCGGAUUUGGAUCCAUUAUAUACAAUUAAUUUUAGUGUUAAAAAGGAAUAA